AUGGUCAAAAUACCCGAUAGCUUUACCCAGGCUAUUCUGAAAGAGCAAGACAAGUACGAAGGCAAGUAUAUCGACGAGAACAUCGUUGCCGCAUUACCAAAGGGCGCAAGCAUAGACCUAGUCCGCACGAUAGGUGCAACGCACUGGUCGAUACUAACCAAGAUCGACACUACCAUCUCCAGCAGACCACAAUCGUUCUUCCUGAAAGAAUACCGCGAUGCAAACGCGAAACACAUGGUCAAAGCAGAGUAUGAGUCAACAGCUGCUUUGUACGCCGCGGUACCGAACCACGUGCCCCAACCAUGUGCAUAUGGUUGUUUCGCAUCGGACUCGCAACGAUUCUUCUAUCUCCAGUCUUUCUGCGAUAUGGAAGAUGCGCCUGUGUAUGCGGACAAGGCCACAGCCGCAUCUAUUAAGCCCUUUGUCGAGGAGUUUAUUGGCGUACUGGCUGAAGUGCAUGGUAAUGAGUCGCCAACAGGGAAGUUCGGGUUUCAUAUCGACACCUUCCAGGGAAACGUCGUUAAUCACAACCGAUGGUGCGAUACUUGGGAAGAGUACUUCAGCCGUAACUUACGCUAUCUCAUAAGACUGGAGCGUUCCAUCCAAGGUGAAGAUCCGGAAAUGGAUGCUCUAUGCGCCGAUCUUAUGACGAAGGUAGUUCCUCGGCUCCUUCGUCCUAUGGAAAGCGGUGGUAACAAGAUCAAACCUGUCCUCUUACACGGCGACAUGUGGCAUGGUAAUGUCAGCGUCGACAAGAAGACGGGAAGUCCGAUGUUAUACGACGCAGGAUGCCUUUUCGGGCAUCAUGAGUUCGAAGCGGCGCCGUGGCGCGCUACGAGGUAUGCUUUUAACAAGACACAUCUGGACGCGUAUCUUGAGAUCGUCCCUGCAUCGAAGCCGCAGGAGGACUACGACGACAGGAACGAACUCUACGCAGUGGCGAUUGAGGGGAUGCGAAGCCUAGUAACCAAGUUUCCAGAUGGAUACGAGGGGUAUGUCGCUGCAAAUAAGGCAAAGGGUAAGCGCGAUUCUCGGAAGUUGACCGCGAAGUUGUAG